AUGGCCACGUCCAAUCGUACCGUCUGUUUUUUGUCGGUGCUCAUCCGCUUCGAGCUUCACCCAUCCCCAGUAGAUAGACUGGUACGUGAAGACGGCGACCACGAGGACCUUUGCAAUUGGUCGCGUAAACGUUUUGUAGAAUUGGGACUGCAGUCGUCAAACCGUGUCAGCUCGAGCUCCAUACGGCGUCGGGUGUUUUGCGCGCAACGUACAGUUGGACCAGGCUCCUUGGCCGUCGCAUACAAUCUCCCCGUCGGCCGAGCCGCAAACGGCAAUCGCCGCGACACAGUCGUUGCGACUGGUCGCGAUAUCCUUCCCAGGGCCAUGGUCCUCGCUCGUGCUGUCGACGCCCGUGCUUGUCGGUUGCAGCAACCAGCGUCAAGUCGAGCUCCCAACUAA